AUGUCUAAGACGUUGUUCUUCCUCGUCCUCGCCUUGAAUAUUCUUCACAUAAACCUCCUCCAACUGGCGGCACAAUCCCACGAAUGCCUUACCAACGGCACCCACCCAAUCGACAGCGAAUACUCGGACAACCUCAACUCCCUCCUCUACUCCGUACCCAACAAUCUCGGCCAAGACGGCUUCUUCCAAGACUCAGUCGGGUGGCGCGGCCCCGAGACCGCCAACGUGGCAGUCCUCUGCAGAGGGGACGUCCAGCUGGACGACUGCCGCGACUGCCUCCGCCACAUCAUAUCCUUUCUCCCGACUUCGUGCCCCAACGACAGACGAGCCUUCGGCUGGUCCGACUUCUGCACGCUACAUUACUCGGACGCGAACCUAACGCAGAGACUCGACACGUCAGCUAGGUUGUAUCAGUGGAACACUCAUAACAUCGAGAGUCCGGCUCCCGAACGGUUCAUGUGGGACCUGACGAGGCUGUUGUUUGACCUCAGUGCCCGGGCGGCCGACAGUAGUCGGAAAGUGGCGGCUGGGAAUACUGUGACUGGUCGUGAUCGUAGGGACAUCUUUGCGAUGGUCCAGUGCACGCCGGAUUUGUCCCCGGAAAACUGCAGUGCUUGCCUGAGAUUGAUAUGUGCCGAUGUAGCGCGGUUCUGGAAUAAGAGGAGAGGGGGAAGAGUUAUUGUGCCGAGCUGCAAUCUUCGCUACGAGAUCUUAGAAGCCGAGUCUCUCAAAUAUGCUUUAACGACGAUCAGAGCUGCCACUAAUAAUUUCGCCGAUGGUAACAAACUAGGGCAAGGUGGAUUUGGAGCUGUUUACAAGGGAAUACUUUCCGAUGGUCGAGAAAUAGCAGUGAAAAGAUUAUCCAGGAACUCCAGACAAGGUGACUUGGAGUUUAAGAAUGAGGUCUUGUUACUAGCCAACCUUCGACAUAGAAAUCUAGUAAGACUUGUGGGCUUUUGCUUAGAAGGAACCGAGAAAAUCCUCGUCUACGAAUUCGUGCAGAAUGGAAGCCUCGAUCACUUCCUAUUUGACCCCGAAUCGGUUAAUCGUUCAUACUUAGAUUGGGAAGAACGCUACAACAUCAUUGGAGGCGUAGCAAGGGGACUUUUGUAUUUGCAUGAAGAUUCUCAGCUGAAGAUCAUUCAUCGUGAUCUCAAACCCAAUAACGUUCUUUUAGACGGACUAAUGAACCCUAAGAUUGCGGACUUCGGCAUGGCGAGGCUAUUUGGACAAGGAGAGACUCAUGGAGAUACUAGUAAAAUUGUUGGAACUAUCGGAUACAUGGCUCCGGAAUAUGCAAUACACGGACAGAUUUCGAUCAAGUUGGAUGUGUUCAGCUUCGGAGUGCUAAUGUUGGAAAUUAUUAGCGGUCAGAGGAAAAACUACUUUCGACAUGGGAGAAAUGUAGAGGACCUCUUGAGCUUUGCGUGGAAAAAAUGGCACGAAGGAACACCGAUAGAAAUGGUGGAUCAAUGUUUGAAGUCUGCAUCAGAUUUUAUAAGUGAGAUGGAAAGGUGCAUCCAAAUUGCUUUGUUAUGUGUUCAACAGCAUGCUAUUGAUAGACCAACAAUGGCGUUUGUUGUCCUAAUGCUUAGUAGCUCCGACUUAGUUCUGGCGGAACCUUUUGAGCCUGCAUUCUAUAUGCCGGGUGGCUAUGGUUCGGAAAGUUCUUCACUCGUUCAAGGGAAUAAUUCGAGACGAUCCAAUUAUAUAAGUUCUUCAAAUAGCGCUGCACAAAAUCGAUCGGCAAAAUCGUCAGAAAAUGGUAUGUCGAUCAGUGAAUUGUAUCCACGUUGA